AUGAGAUGUUCGAUAAUAUUUAUCUUUUUUCUAUUUCAACUUGGAAAAUGUAAGAAAAGGCUGCAAGCUUGGCAAUUGAGUGGAUUUAAAGUCAAGUAUCUACCCACAUUGGUCGGCCAGAUCCCAGCUUUGGAAAACACUCGUUUCGGUCUGCAAUAUUGUCAAAUUCCAAAAACCGGCUCAACGAUCACGCACACGAUUUUAUGUGACGUUUUUCACCCGGUUGAUCGUUUGAUUUCUUUGUAUGGACACUUUUGCGAGAAUCUGAGAAAGUGUGGUGAUCGCAAUAUUCACCAGUUUACCGCCUGGCUUUAUCAGCUUUUCCGACACAGGAAUAGGGAUCUCUUGCAAGGACAAGACUUCCGACUUCUCUACUAUCAUGCUAUUCCACAAUCCGGAUUCUGUAAUCUUGAUGAACAGCGACAAAACUUUUACAUUAUUCGCUAUUCAAAUGAUCGAAAAGACAUGUAUCGACAGUUUCGUCGUCUUUUCAGAAGGGCUCGAAUACCGAAGCAUGUCGCUAAAAGGGCCCUUCGUCACUUGGUUCGAUCAAACACUAGACAUGGAGAUCUCCGAAGUAGACUGAAGGGAAGGACAGAGAUUUCAGAGACAGAGUCAGCUUUUCCGGCA